AUGGCAGACUUCCAAAGUUCGAUCACAACAAAGGAAGAAGCUGUCGCAAAAGAAACGACCGUUGUGUCACACGACGCUGCCGCUAAAAAUGACUUCUCCAUCGAAACAAGAGAAGACGGCGAUGAUGCGAUAGUUUAUGAUGCAGGUGUUAGGAAUAUAGAAAUAUACGCCGAAUACUACACUAGUAAGUUCAGCAGGUUUAUGUAUUUUUUUUUCUUAUUCUUAGUUGCUUAUGCAUACGGUCUCGAUACAAGAGUUCGUACAACAUUCGCAACGGAUGCUACCUCUUCAUAUAAAAAGCAUACCCUAAUGUCUACUGUGACAUGUAUCAAGACCAUUAUUUCUGCCGCCGGCCAAAUUGGUUUCGCUAGAUCUUGUGACAUUUUUGGUAGAACAUCCAUUUUCGUCUUUUCUAUAAUACUUUACGCAGUUGGUACCAUCGUUGAAUCACAAGCCACUACUAUCAGUAAGUAUGCUGGUGGUGUGGUUUUGUAUUCGUUGGGUCAUUCUGGAAUUGUUCUAGUUUCAGAAGUGCUUAUCGCCGAUUUUUCAAAUUUGAACUGGAGAGUCGUUGCUGCUGCUGCACCAAUGUUGCCCAAUGUUAUCAAUACAUGGAUUAGUGGUAACAUAGUAGCUGAUUUAGGUGAUCAUUGGAAGUGGGGUAUUGGUCUCUGGGCAAUUGUUUUCCCAGUAUGUUGUAUACCGUUACUCUUCAUUUUAUUACACAUGAAAUAUUUGGCUCAAUACAAAGAUAAAAGACCGGAACUGAAGAGGAUUUGGACUUUACCAAAGGGCAUGACAAAAGUUCAAUAUCUAAUUGAAACACUGUUUUGGAGAGUCGAUGUUGUUGGCCUUAUUUUGCUUGCUGCUACUUUUGGAUUAAUCCUAAUUCCGUUUACUUUAGCUGAAAAGAAAAACUACCAAUGGAAAAAGGCCUCAUAUAUUGUUCCAGAAGUCCUUGGUUGGGCCGUCUCAUUACCACUUUACUGUAUAUGGGAAAAAUUCUUUGCUAGAUUUCCUUUAACCCCACUGGCUACAGUCAAAGAUAGAGGUAUUUAUGGUGCAUUGCUUGUGUCGCUUUUUAUCGAUUUUGUCUAUUACAUGCAACAUACUUAUUUGUACACUGUGCUGUAUGUUGCAUUCAAUAAUACCACCUCCGCUGCUACUAGAAUUAACAAUCUCUAUUCAUUCGUGGGUGUAAUUACUAGUUUCUUCCUAGGUUUUGUUGUUGUCAGACUCAAAAAAGUUAAAAAGUUUAUCUUAUUUGGUAUUGCAGUUUGGAUAAUAGCAUACGGCCUGUUUAUUAGAUAUCGUACGGGACAAGCCUCUUAUGUUGGUUCUAUUGCUGCUAUUUGUGUGUUAGGAUUUGGUAAUGGCUUCUUGAAGAUUCCAGCAAGAGCCUCCAUUCAGGCAUCCGUCGGUUCUCAUCAAAAAAUGGCUGUCAUUACCUCAUUAUUCUUAGCAUUGGCAGAUAUUGGUGAGGCAUUUGGUUCAGCUGUUGCAGGUGCCAUUUGGGGUAACAGAAUGGAGGCUGAAAUCUACAAAAGAGUAUCUAACACUACCGCCGCUGCCUUGGCCUAUGAUUCACCAACUAAAUUCGUGAAGAAAUACAAGUGGGGUACAGCAACAAGAAUGGAAGUAGUUGCAGCAUACCGUGAAGUGACACUCAUUUUAUAUGUUGUCGGCAUUUGUCUCUGUGUACCUUUGCUUUUAUGCUCAUUCUUAUUAAGAGAUAGAAAACUUGAAGAGGUGAUAUCUUACGAUAUGAUGGGUUCAAAUUCUGAAUCAAAGGAUGAGAUAAUUGAAAAAGAGAUUGAACUCUCUUCUGAAGAGAGUAGGGCAUAA